AUGAUUGAGAAAAUAAGACAAAUAUUUAAGGAGGUGAAUAAGGAAAACAGAGACCCGGCAGCCACCAGACCAAGAAAGCUCUGGGCAGCUGCUGCAAGCGAUCCUCCAACAACUCCGAUUGAACUAAAUCCCACGAGUGCAAGAAGGCCGGGGGCUCCAAUGCAAAGGGCAAUGCUCCCAACUGCAAUUACACAAAAAUAA